AAGCUUUUCAGCUGACGGCUUGUGUGUGGUCAAGAUGGCUUCCACGGAGCAAGUCGGUCUGAACAAAACCUGGGAAUUAUCGCUUUACGAGCUACAUCGGACACCCCAGGAUGCAAUUACGGACAAUACAGAGAUCGCGGUUAGUCCGCGAAGUUUGCACAGUGAGCUCAUGUGCCCAAUUUGUCUGGACAUGCUUAAAAAAACCAUGACCACGAAGGAAUGUCUUCACCGUUUCUGUUCCGAUUGUAUCAUUACGGCACUUCGAAGCGGUAACAAGGAAUGUCCAACUUGUAGAAAAAAGUUAGUGUCCAAGAGAUCGCUUAGACCAGAUCCUAAUUUUGAUUUAUUGAUCUCCAAAAUUUAUCCAAGCCGGGAUGAAUAUGAAGCCCACCAGGAAAGAGUGUUGGCUAAGUUGAACAAGUCGCAUUCGCAGGCUGCAUUGGUGAAUUCUAUCACAGAGGGAAUCAAGUUGCAAAGCCAGAACCGUCCUCAGCGAUCCAGGAAGAAUGUAGAGCCAGAGAAUGCCAGUAACGCGACUUCUUACAACAACUCCCAAAAUGUCAGUGCACCUGCAACCCCCAACCCUAGCAACACUGCAAAUCAAAGCGACUCUUCUCAGAGUGCAACAGGGCCUUUAAACAACAGCAGCGGCGGUAAUUCUCAAAGUUCCAAUAGCGUUUCGCAAGCUGCCAGUAGUCCUGCUGUUUCUGGCACGACGUCUAGAAACUCCACCACGCCGUCGCCAAAUCCAGCGAAUCAAAUCCCUAAACCACCUAAACGGCAAAAAAGCUUGCAGAAUUCGGAGAACGAUUCGUCCAGUGCAGAAGCCGAAACCGGCGGAGGUGAUUCCAUGGUGGAUACGGAGGGUGAAGGUCCCAGCGAACCGUUGAUGCUUAACGAGAUCGAACUUGUUUUUAAACCGCACCCCACAGAGAUGGCCGGCGAUAAUUCGCUGAUUAAAGCGUUAAAGGAAAACAGCAUUCGAUAUAUCAAAACAACCGCGAAUGCGACAGUGGAUCAUUUGAGCAAAUACUUGGCUAUGAGAUUGACGCUGGAUCUGGACACGGAAUUGUCAGAAUCGGAUAGGUUACUGAACUUUUGUAUCUACAUAGCGCCUUCUCCUGGUCAAUUAGUGGUAUUGAGCGGAUCACAGACGUUGCGACAGGUGAACGACAAAUUCUGGCGCGUCAAUCGGCCUCUGGAAAUGUAUUACUCGUGGAAGAAGACCUAGGGAAGGCCUCGAAAGUAUCAAUCCGAUGGGAGCUAGUCGUGUCGAGCUCCAGAAAGAACAACGUUUGUACUGCGUCAAGUACGAAACAGAGAGAAAACGUAUUAUUGUAUCAAAAGAAAACUAUCGAUAGUGUAAUGAUACUGUACUUCGGUAACCUCGACGCGCCUUACGUUCGAGGUCGAGGGAAGUAUGAGAAUCGAGUUUCUCGUAAUCACGAACAGUGGUGCAAUUUUUAUCUUCAUGGGACUGGUUGCUGUACCGGUGUUUCCUUACAGGAAGCGAACAUAGAAACGGAUAGAUUUUUAAAUCGAUGCUUCUUUGUACAGCGUUUAAUUUUACAAACAACGCAGUCGAGUCUCGUUGCGCGUUCAAACUGCCAUUCACCAGAUUGCAUUGCGAAUGGAACGAUGAAUUUCGUGUUGCCGAACACAAGUGAUUUGUGCGUAGUAUUUUUCAUACUAUGCCUCUUUUUUGACAGGUGUAUGUUAAGCCGAUGUGUCUAACUGGUAUACGCUUCUUUAAGCGGAUGGCCUCAAUGUUUAAUUAACUUAUUUAAGUAAGCUACGAUUCGCUGUGGACCAUUCUGUAUAGUUUCACGAACAAAUAAACCAAUGUAUAUACUGUA